GAAAACGUAAACAAAAUUUGAGGUUAUGUUAUAUGUUUUGUGUAUGACUUAGUACGGUAUUUUUUACAUUUUUCUCUCAUAUUUUCUGUUGAAAAUAAAUGAAAAUAUGCCAACGAAGUACUCAGAAAAAAUCGAGGAGUUUCAGAAAUACUUUAAAUCUCAUAGUAAAUCGAAAGAAUACCUAGGUCAUAGCUCCAAAGUGCAUUCAGUCGGUUGGAGCUGUGAUGGCAAAAGAUUGGCUUCUGGAUCUUUUGAUAAAUGCGUCUGUAUUUACACUUUGGAAAGAGACAGAUUAACUAAAGAAAUCACAUUCAAAGGCCAUGGUGGAUCUGUUGAUCAACUAUGCUGGCACCAAACCAAUCCAGACCUGCUUAGCACUGCAAGUGGAGACCGUUCAGUACGCAUUUGGGACACUAGGGUUCAGAAAAGUGUUGCAACCAUAAGCACCAAAGGAGAAAACAUCAAUAUUACCUGGUCACCAAAUGGUAAUGCAAUUGCAGUAGGAAAUAAAGAGGACCUGGUCACAUUUAUAGAUGCAAGAACUCAUAAAAUUGAAGCUGAAGAACAGUUUCACUUUGAAGUGAAUGAAAUAAGUUGGAAUAAUACAAGUGAUUUAUUUUUCUUGACAAAUGGGCAAGGAUGUAUUCAUAUACUAAGUUAUCCAGAGUUGAAAAGACAGCACAUAAUAAAAGCCCACCCAGGCACAUGUAUCUGCAUAGAGUUUGAUCCUACAGGAAAAUAUUUUGCUACAGGCAGUGCUGAUGCCUUAGUAUCUCUAUGGGAUAUCAAUGAACUUGCAUGCAAAAGAGUUUUUACCAGGAUGGAUUGGCCAGUAAGAACUAUUUCAUUUAGCCAUGAUGGGCAGCUAUUAGCUUCAGCUUCAGAAGAUUUACUUAUAGAUAUAGGGUUUGUCGAAACAGGAGAUAAAAUUGCUGAUAUCAGCGUAGAAGCGGCAACGUUCACUGUGGCCUGGCAUCCUUCUCAGUACUUUCUGGCAUAUGCCUGCGAUGACAAAGACACUUACGACAGAAAAAGAGAUGCCGGUAGUUUAAAAGUUUGGGGAUUCCCUUCGGAUUAAUUAGGUUUAACUUGACUAAGAUUAUUUUACGGAUAACUAGUAUUUUUUUUACUGUAAUAAUAAGACCAUAUCAUUGAAUUUCUAGUGUGAAUAGGAACACAAAUUAUGUUGGACAGCCUAAAAAGGAAGUAAAAUACAAUGGGUUUUAUUUA